AAUUUUCUCUAGGCGUUGACGUCUUUUACCAGGAGGGAGCGCCAUAAAGUGCAGAUUCAUUCUGAGACGUUUCUGUUACAGUUUAGACGUACAGUACGUACUUCGUGGAACUUGUUUUUGACAGUGAAAAAUGUCUUUCGCUUUAACUCCAGAGAGGUUAAAUCAAUUUCAAAAGUCAUUUGAAAGUGAUCCAAAAAAUUUACUUGCUCUUAAUGCAUGCACAAAACAUGAUCCAUUUGAACUUUGCUUGAACCGUCUCAAUCUCCAACAAGUCAGUCAUGUUUUCAGCCAUAAGGUUGAUAUUGAUGCAAAGCCUGUGACUAAUCAAAAGAGUUCUGGACGUUGUUGGAUAUUUGCUUGCUUAAAUGUGAUAAGAAUUCCUUUUAUGAAACAUUAUGAAUUAGAAGAAUUUGAAUUUAGUCAGGCACAUCUUUUCUUUUGGGACAAAAUUGAAAGAUCUAAUUAUUUUCUAAAUGCUAUUGUGGAAACUGCUAGAAGAGGUGAACCAGUGGAUGGCCGUUUAGUGUCAUUUUUGCUCAGUGAUCCUUCUUGUGAUGGAGGACAAUGGGAUAUGCUUGUGAAUUUAAUUUUACGUUAUGGUCUUAUUCCAAAGAAAUGCUUUCCUGAAUCUUACAGCUGUGAGAAUUCUGGAAAGUUGAAUCGACUUCUUAAAAGUAAACUUAGAGAAUAUGCCAGAGAUUUAAGAGUAUUAGUUGAUAAUCAGACAUCUGAAGAAGAAAUUAAUAAAACAAUUAGCCAACAAAUGGAUGAAAUAUAUCGUAUUACUGCCAUCUGUUUAGGUAUACCCCCACAAACUUUCACUUGGGAAUAUUAUAACAAAAAUAAAUCAUAUUUUUCAAUUGGACCAUUAACUCCUAUGAAGUUUUAUGAGGAUUAUGUUAAACCUUACUUUAAUAUUGAAGAUAAGGUCUGUAUUGUGAAUGAUCCUAGACCAGUAAAUUCUUAUGGAAAAUCUUACACAGUUGAUUGUUUAGGAAACAUGGUAGGAGGACGCUUAACUAUGUAUAAUAAUCAGCCAAUUGAAACAUUAGUAGAAUUAGCAACAGAAUCAAUUCAAAAUAAAGAGGCUGUUUGGUUUGGAUCUGAAGUUUCUCAAAGAUUAGCUUUGAAGGUAGGAUUAGAAGAUAUGGUAACGCAUAACUUUAAAUUAGUAUUUGGAGUUGAUAUCAAUGAAAAAUUAAAUAAAGCUGAAAGAUUACUUUAUGGUGAAUCCCAGAUGACUCAUGCUAUGGUUAUUACAGGAAUGUCUUUAAAUAGUGAAGGGAAACCUGUUAAAUGGAGAGUUGAAAAUUCAUGGGGUGAUGACAAAGGAGAAAAAGGUAACUUGGUGAUGUCCACAGACUGGUUCAAAGAGUUUGUGUUUGAAAUUGUUGUGGAUAAAAAAUAUGUUUCUGAAGAAAUCAUGGCUGUAUUUAAGCAAAAACCAAUUGUACUUCCUGCCUGGGAUCCAAUGGGUUCUCUUGCUAGAUCUUAAUAUUGGAAGUUCUGUUUUAUUAUACAUAAAUGUAUAUGUAUACAAAUGCAAAUAUAUAUAUAUAUAUGUAUGUAUACACACAGUUAUUUAAAAUUCAUAGAAUCAAGUUUAUAGUAAAGUUGGUAUUGCUUUUUAAUUUCAUAAAUUUUAUGUGCCAAACUCAAUAGCUUUAAAAUUUUUUCUUCUUUAGACUUUGAAAAUUUAGUAAUAAGUCAAAACAUGCAGCAUCAUAAAUUUCAGUGAAAUAGUUCCACUAAAAGAAUUAAAUAAUGUAUUUUAAAUGCCAAGCUCUGAAAAAAUUUACGUUUGUUUAAGUUCAAUAAAGAAUUUGCAAUAAUCA